AUGAUCCAAUCUCUCGCAAUAGAUGCUGCAGUUCGCUUGCAGCCGCGUUGUAGUGAAAAAAGUGAAAAAGAAUCAGGUGAACUUUCAUAUACCACCCGCCUUCUGGUAUCCAAUUUGCAGAUUGGUUGCCUGAUUGACAAAGCUGGAUCAAUAAUCUCUGAGAUGAGGACUACACGUGCCAACAUACGUGUGCUUUCAAAAGAAAAUAUUCCGAAAGUUGCUUCUGAAGAUGAUAAGAUGGUUCAGAUUAGUGGUGAGUUUGACAUUACAAGAGAUGCACUUGUCCAUGUGACAACUUGUCUAAAAGCCAAUUUAUUUGAAAGGGAUAGUACAUCAGCUGCACAUGGUUCUUCUGCUCCUCACCAUCGUUUUCCAGUUGAUGCUUCUGUUGGUCCAAAGUAUCAUGGAGGCAGGGAUAGUAAAUCACAUGGUCAUGGGUUUUCAUAUUCUGAUGGAUAUGGUGCUUCCCAUAAUUUGCCAUCGUCUGAUACUUAUGCUGGCUAUGGCAGUUCUCAAGGAGGUGGUAGCAAUUACAGUUCAUAUGAUGGAUACUCUUCCCGUUAUGGAAACAUUGGUUUUAAAAUGUUUGCCAUUAAUGCUUUACAUGGAACCUUAUGGUUGGAGGUUUAUAGAGAUUAUUAG